AUGACGACAUUGAUCGAGGCGUUUCAGGCCUUCGCAGGGCAGGGACAAGAGAUGGAUGGGCGCACCUGGGUGAAGUGCCUGAAGGACUCCAUGCUGUUGGACGAGGAUUUUACCUCCGUGGAUGCUGAUCUCAUCUUCGCCCGGGUGAAGGGAAGGGGUGCUCGUCGAAUCGACUUCGCGACCUUCCGGAAAGCCUUGGGCGAAGUGGCCAAGAAGUGGAACAGCAUGACGCAGGAACAGGUUGAGGAUAUCGUUUGUUUGGCCUCCGCUCCUCACUAUGACAACCAGGCAGAUAUGCCCCUGGAUGACACUCAGGGACCUGCGCGCUUUUACUACGACAUGUCACUGUACACAGGAACACACAAGUAUGGUGGUCCUACAAUGGUCGGCAAUGGCAUUUGUGAGGGAUCGCCCGUGGAUUUCCAGGAGCACGUGAACCGCGACCGCGAAGGGGAGAUGGCCGCCUCAGCGGAGCGAAGGCGGAAGGCCUUGAUGACGGAGAGCGGUGAGGACAUGCCUCGGCUCCUGGGCAAGCCGCGGUCUCCGGGCUCUCCGGGCUCUCCGGGUUCUCCGGGUGCUGGGCGAAGAGACAGCAAGGUACGCCGACCUGUUUCCAGUUUGAAGGGCCCAGAACGCUUCUUCUACGACAAGUCAAGCUACACAGGGACGCACAAGCAUGGUGGCCCUUCCGUGACGGGCAAUGGCUUGCCCAAGAAAGGCUAUGAGGACUUGAGCGAGUUGGUGAGGCGAGACCACGUGCAGGAUGAUGAACUCGGUCGGCGCCGCCGCGCUGCUGGCGAGGAGACCAGCCCUGUGAGCUUGGCCAGCCCGGUACAGGAACAUCGUGUCCAUUUUGCUACCAGGCCUCAGGAUCUUCCGGUGCUGUUGGGAGCGCCCCGUUCACCCGGGGAGGUGAAGGUGGGAAGUCCCAACAUGAGACGAGACUGGCAGAUGCCAGCGUCACCACCUGUGACUCACAAAGUGAUGCGCGCCGAAAGCAGCGGCUACCAGGUGAGCUCGCCAUGGAUGUCGCCCAUGCCGGUCCUGUCGCCCCAGGCGCCCCAGGUACAGCAUGGGAUUCCCACAGCGCCGCAGAGGACAGUGCACAGCCCAGCUUGGUACACGCAGCCGUUCACACAG